AUUGAUGUCUUUCCCCAUCUAUCGAAUGUGCCCUGUAGAAUAUAUCAGAUAAAAUUUAGUUUAAUUUUCGUUGCACACGCCAAAAUAUAAACAAAGUCAAGAUACGCCUAGUUGAAAAGUGAAGGCACAAUUCUCUAGUAGCGCACAGUAAAGGGAGUGAAAGCAAAGUACGCGAGAAAGGUUGGGACCCAAGUGCAGUCAAUUAACAUACAUAAGUAGCACAUAUGGUGUGACAGUUUUACCGAAAUGGCCGACAAAGGUGCAGAACCCCCCACAAACAGUGAGGCGCCUGCAGAUGUUGCCGAAGAAGAUCAUACUACGCUGACUGUACCAACUGCUUCAGCGAACAAAGGUCCCACAGAUGCAUCCACUUCCACUACGGUCCAGGUUGGUGGUGAUGUGGCGGAGGCGGAGCGCUGCUGCUGGAUCUGCUUUGCCACCGACGAGGAUAACCGCCUGGCGGCGUGGGUAAAACCCUGCCAGUGCCGUGGCACCACCAAGUGGGUGCAUCAGAGCUGCCUCUACCGCUGGAUUGACGAAAAGACCCAAAAAGGCAACGCCCUACGCUCCGUAUCCUGUCCACAGUGCCAGACGGAGUACAUUAUUGUGUUCCCCCAAAUGGGAAAAUUCGGAGGUGCCCUGGAGGCGAUGGACAAUCUCAUCAAGCGCCUUAGUCCUUUUCUGGCGGCUGGGUUCUUUGUAGGCUCUUUGUACUGGACAGCUGUCACGUACGGAGCGGUUACAUUUUUACAGAUCGUGGGUCAUGAGCACGGCAUGUCUAUAAUGGAGGCCGGAGAUCCGCUCGUUCUACUCAUUGGACUGCCGGCAAUCCCGGUAGCACUGGUGCUUGGUCGCCUGAUACGAUGGGAAGAUGCCCUUUUGCGCCUUAUUCGAAACCGCGGGACGGUUGUGCGGAAGUUUCCUUUCAUGAGCCUCAUAUAUCCGAGUCUCAAUCAGGAAGAAGACCAGCAUAUAACCAGCAAUCCUGCUACACCGGCUCUCGCGGACCCCGUGUCGGCCACGCGCGUGUUCUGUGGCGCCCUUCUGCUUCCCACCAUAUCGUCGAUCGUAGGACGAAUUCUAUUUGACUCUGUGGAUAACACGUUGCAUCGCACUCUCCUCGGAGGUCUCACCUUUAUAACGGUUAAGGGAAUCCUGAAAAUUUAUCUGAAGCAGAAACAAUACGGGCGCCGUAAGAAACGUCGAAUCGUCGACUACACUGAGGAAAACAUUCGGAAUUUCAUGCAUCGCAACAAUAACAAUGCCACAAGUGCAGCGCGACAGGAUCAGCAGCCCCAGCAACCACCAGUGCCUCCUGCUCAGCGUGUGGACGGAGUAAUCACUCGCCAACGCGGCGAUAGUGGCGGUAGCGUUGUCUAGGAGGAAUUGGUAUUAACUCCAAUUUAAGGGGCAAACUUUUUUCUACGAGUUAUCUUUUGUUUUAAGUUAAUUGUUUUACCACUUGCUAGGGCACACCACAGGCCCUUUCAGUAUAGGUGGCUAAAAGUCUGGCAUUGCCUUCAGGGAACAAACCUAAAUUUAUUGUUAAACUACACUGUGUGUAAUGGCCGGAAAGUAAAUGUAUAUUCAAACCAGACGCCAAUAACCCUUGGCAAUUAUUUUAUUGAUAAUAAAGCAAAAUUCGCCAUGUCCAUAUAUUUACUAUGUAUGUAUAUAGUAUAUAAUGGAUUUAUACAUGUAUUUAUAUGUAUCCACACACAUUAAUUAAUAUCUUACCUCUUGGUAAAUUUAAAAAUUGCCUCUGUAAAUAAACGCAAGACCCUCGGCUGUGGCUGAAACUUAACCGUGAA